AUGCUCAAUAUUAAAAGGUUACUGUCGUCUACUUUAGAUGGUUAGUUUUUUGGGGGGAGCUUGGGAAAUUUUUCUGAAGCGUUUUUUGAGCUUUUAAUAUUCAUAUGUUUCAAAGUUCAAAAACAAUUAAAAUAAUUAGAAUGUUUACGCUUUGAAAGUUUGUAAUCAGAGCAAUUUAACAAAAAAUUGAAAGUUCAAAAUUUAUUUUUUGAAGAGGAAAAGGGAUUUCAUAGUUUUGGAAAUUUGAUUUUCUGAAAAAAUGAACCAAAAUUUGAUUCAGAAACUGAAGGUUCAAAUUCGGAAAAUGUUAAAAAUAACUAUAAAAAGUACAAAAAACUACAAAACUACAAAAAUAGCAAACUAGAAAAUUUUUGUCAAAAAACUGAACUAUAUUUAUUUUAUCGAGAUGACAUCACAUGAGUUCGAGAAUAAUCAAAGAGUAGCUUUUGCGAUUUUUCAAGAUUUUCAUAGCCUUCAAGAUCUAGAUAGUUAAAUUACCAUAAAAAAAUUUAAGACUGAAAAUAUUCCCAAAAUUUCCAGGCCUCGCACAUCUCUGCGUCUACGACGCCAAUCACAAUGGCAACGAAUUCACAGUCACAAUCUCGUGCCCUGUAGCAGCUGGAUGUUGCGACAAAGGUUGCUGCAAACUUCCAGCAUCAUUUAUCAAAAAUUCAACCAUCGAUGAUCCUUUAAUCGCAAACUCCUCGAGCAAAUUCAACGAGACAAUUCUGCUAAUUUUUCUAACUUUUUUGAUUUUCUGCUUUGGCUGCGCGUCGAUUUUCUUUAUCUUUCGGAAAAUUCAGAAAAUCCGGCGGAAAGAUGAUGAACCCGAUUUUGUUUAUCACGCUUAUCGACCGCCCCAGCAAAAAAUUAUGGUUUCAACUUCCUCGUCUUUCGGAUCACCUUGCUAA